AUGCGCAACUCGAAGGUGAGACCUCCCCCACCCCCCCGUCGUGCGCCGCCGGGGCCGGCCUUUGUCAAGAUGAGCUCCAACACGCACAUUUUUUCCCACACCCUUCUCCAUCUCAGUGGCGUCGCCCUUCUCUCGCAGCAGCUACUUCAGGUGAAGGACUCUGUGAACGAUAUCAAAGUAGCCAUAGUCACCGCUGAUGACUCCCUCAAAGCAAUCUCGGUGAAUCCGGCAGUGUGGCCCUCGUCGCUCUGUGAUGGUGCCACCACAGGUGGCGACGAUGUGCAGUCGCUUGCCUUCGCCUCUGUGACCCUCUCCAAGCUGGCCGAGGAAGAGAAGGCGCAGGAUGCCUUCUACGCGAGUCUCAGCGAAAUGGCCACGGUGCGCGCGGAGGUGCAGAAGGCGUCUCGCGAUGCGACGCUGCAGCGAUACAAGCAGCAGGUUGAGUGCCAGCUGGCUUCCUCCGUGGUAAACCGAUCGCUACCGGAGCAACAGCAGGUGCUGCUGAAUCCUUACAGCACCGUGCGUCGAAAGAUUCUCAGCACCUUGCUCACCGUCUCGCCAUUUACUACCACACCGAAUGCUACCGCAGAGUCGCUCUACAGGCCGACGUCGGCUACCAAAACCAACGCGUGCCGCCCCCCAACCUCUAGCGUCGCGCCGCCAGAGCAGUCGUCGUCUUACAGCAUACCCGCUGGCAGCGAGUACAACUCUCCCUACCCCUUUACUGCGGAAGGGACUCCGAGCUCGGUGUACGCGCGCUACGGUGCGAUGACUGCACCGCAGCAGCCGUCACAGACACCCCCGCCAGUGAGGUACGGGGCGUACGGUUACGAGAGUCUUCCGCAGAACGGAACCGCUACCGGCGGCGUGCGCUACGGGCAGCAGCAGCACCUGCGCCGGUAUCAGCAACAAAGCAGCCGGCCGCACUACCAAGCCUUGUAG